GAAGAAGAAUGGGAAGUAAACAUGUUUUAUUUCCGGUGGAGCUCCAUACCCGGGUAAACACCACAGGCCAGGGUCCUCCCGAGGGCAGUCCACCUUUAACGGAUCCGUUCUUCGGGGUUAAUCAGGUGCUGUGCUACUGUCUUCGGUUCACCAUGGCCCAGAACCAGGUGAUCCUGCAGUUCCGCUUUGCCACAUUCGGUGACUCCAUGUUGCAGAAAAUGAACCUCCUGCGACACCAGCGACGCUUCUGCGAUGUCACCGUGCGCAUCAACCAGCUGGAGGUCCCCGGUCACAAAGUGGUGUUCGCCGCCGGCUCGUCGUUCCUGAGGGACCAGUUCAUCCUGCAGCAGGACUCCCGGGAGGUCCAGAUCUCCAUGAUCCAGGAGGCGGAGGUCGGCCGGCAGCUGCUGCUCUCCUGCUACACGGGUCAGCUGGAGUUCCCCGAGCUGGAGCUGGUGCAUUACCUGACGGUCGCCAGCUUCCUCCAGAUGGGCCACAUCGUGGAGCAGUGCACUCAAGCCCUCAGCAAGUUCAUCAAGCCUCCGCCCACACGCCCGCUAGACGUGGACGAGGACAUGAGGAGCGAGAGGCGGGAGGACGGUUCAUCCUCUCAGACCGAGAGUGAGCAAGGGCGCUCCACUGUACGGACCGACCUCCAGGAGGACGAGGAGCAGGUGGAGGACGACAACAACGUGGACGAAGAGGAAGACAACUAUGAUGAUGACGACGAUGAUGUCAUCAUACAGCCUUAUUCACCUCCUCAGAUGGUAAGCAGGCGUCCCAGGCAGGAAGUUGUUGAAAGUGACAUCACUAUAGUGAAAGUGGAGUCUGUGUCUGAUGCAGCAGAGAACUCUAUCAGCGGGCAUUUCCCCGCUAGCCCCCCUGCUGCCCUCCACUCCCCCGAGCCCCAGCACUCCCUCAUCAACUCCACCGUGGACAGUCGCGGCAGUGAGAUGGCGGCGCUGCCCGGCGUGUCCGGAUACCCGCUGAGCCCCCCUCCUCCUUCUUCCCCUCCCGCAGAAAAGCACCAGAGGAACUACGACAAACCCCUCCAGUGGUACCACCAGUGCCCCAAAUGCGCCCGCGUCUUCCGCCAGCUGGAGAACUACGCCAACCACCUGAAGAUGCACAAGCUGUUCAUGUGCCUGCUGUGCGGGAAGACCUUCACGCAGAAGGGCAACCUGCACAGACAUAUGCGCGUGCACGCCGGCAUCAAACCCUUCCAGUGUAAGAUCUGCGGGAAGACCUUCACCCAGAAGUGUUCCCUGCUGGACCACCUGAACCUGCACAGCGGGGACAAGCCGCACCGCUGCAACUACUGCGAGAUGGUGUUCGCUCACAAGCCCGUUCUCCGGAAGCACCUCAAGCAGAUCCACGGGAAGAACAGCUUCGACAACGCCAAUGAAGGCACCCUGCACGACGGAGGGGUCGACUUUGACUUUGGACGAAUAUAAAAAAAUCUCUGGACCUUUUUAUUUAAUUUUUUUUAAGUAGCUCUCUUUGGAUGCCUUUCAGUUAUUUAAAUGAGCAUGAUGCAGACAUGACUCCACUGAGUCACCUUAAAGUUAUCAGUUCAAAAAGCUUAGAGACUGUUACUGUGUGUGUGAGUGUGUGUGUGUGUGUGUGUGUGUGUGUGUGUGUGUGUGUGUGUACCAAGCCAAUGAAAACUUUAUCAAAGAUAGGGGAGGCUGGUGCGUCGGCCUCUUCCUGACGGGUCCACCUGGUGAACACUCCAGAUGUUUUCAUGCUCUACAUUUCACUGUAGCGUCAUUACUGUGGACUGGAACACAUUGUAGAUGCCUUCAUAUUGUACUUGAAUAUUCAGCACUGAAACAUAACGACUGUAUAUCAAAAGUUUUUAUAUCGACGUCUUUGUGUCUCUUAUCUAAGAUAAAAACAUGAACAGAAUGAAUAUGUAUCCGUAUGUGCAUGGGUGGUUCUAGGCAGGGGCCAACAGGGGCCAGUGCCCCUGUAACACUGAGCUCCAAAAGGAAGAGCCCCCCUAAUACACAGUAUUUGACUCAACAACCAGACUCACAAUCUAGAAUUAAAUACUGUUUCUGAAACAAAUAUGAUGUCUGUAUUAUUUGGCAUAAUAUAUUGUUUUAAAGUGAUCAUCUUUGUCUAUUUUUCACCUGGGUUUAAUGUUCCCCUCUGAAACAACUGGCCCCAGUUUGGCCCCCUCAGUAAAAGUGGUCUAGAACCGCCACUGCGUAUGUAUCACUCCUCCUGUGUAUCGUGUGUACAGUUUACUGAAGCCUUUUAUUUCUUACAUUUGUGAAUAUGACAUCAUGGACGUCAUGACCACAAGAGACUUAAAGAAGGGGCGGUCAGGGUGAGACUUUGAAGGCGAGCUACGCCAGUGAGCGCUGGGAUGCCAAAGUGUCCGUGUUUCUGUAAGUCAUACAGAGCUUAUAUCAGAGGUACGUGUGGACCAAAGCGACAUGUCCUGUGUUUCAUGCGGACGUCAGUGUGUGUGUUAGAAAAUUAAAUGUUCUUCUUGUUA